AUGUCCCCAUCGGUCGCUGGAACCGGCCUCACUGGGAGUCUUACCCGUCCUAGGCUGGCUGUGAAACGGGCGCGAGACCCCCCAAGGAAUGCGGGAGGCCAGAUUUACUGUGAUCAUCCUGACUGUUAUGAGAACGCUCCCGUAUUUCGGAGGCCUUGUGAGUGGAACUCCGGAAAGGGGUUUACAAGGCAAGAAAACUUAAAUGAGCACUUGCGACGCCUUCAUCGAGGCUCUCAGGACCUUACUGUGCCUCCAACCCCGCGCAGCCCGCCCAGCUCAGCCAAAACGGUUGAAGAGACGACGUCUUCGGCGUUGGCGAUCCAUUCAGCCAUGAAAAGAAAGCGAGCAUCGAGCGGAUCCGAAAAUGACUCGGAGACAACUCUCUCCAACAUUCAGGCUCUGCGAGAAGAAGUAGUGCGUUUGAGGAGCCAGAUACAACAAAAGGACUCGCGACUUGAUGAACUCGAAAAGGUUGUGCGGGAACUACGUCAAUCGAUAAAUCUCGGUUGA